AUGCUGCAACCUUUCUUUAGCUUGAUUAUGACCAACUCACAGGUCAUGGUGGGGAAUGGGAAGAAUGUUGACUUUUGGUGUUCGAACUGGACUGGAUCUGGCCCUCUUCUGCUCAGGUAUGCCGUUUCUCCCUCGUGCUUUCCAUGCCUGGAUGAGUUAUGGGCUGAUGGGUGCUGGCAGUGGCAAAGUUUGGGGGUGCAGGUAUCUGAACAGUUAAAGCAUGAAGUACAGAAUUCUAUGAUUUGUUUAAGCGAAAAGGAAGAUCGACUGAUAUGGAAAUUAACUGAUUCGGGAGAGUCCAAUGUCAAGUCUGCUUGGGAGGCAGUGAGAGCUUCGAGUGUCCCUGUGCCUGUGACCUCUGCUUAUGGCGUUAGACCCAAAGAUAAGGAAGGCAUGAUUGGUAUGGAAUUCUUGAGGGCAUUAAAGCUGAUUUUCUUUCCAACUGGUUCUCUCUGUGAUGUGGUGCUUUCAGUUUGGAGGACUCUGCUGGUUUCCCUUGUUCCUGCUGGUUUUUCAGGCAACAUCUGUUUCUUUAAUGCUGUUGUGGGGGUUCUCAUGUUGCUUUUCUGCUGCUUGUUGUCUGGAUGCACUGUUCAUGUGAACUGCUUCGCGAUUGCUGCAGAUUGUCUCUUCCAGCUGAUCUCAGUUGAUGUUGGUAUUUCACGGUUCUGUUCAGCAGCAUUUCUUCUCUGUCCAAGUCCACUGCUCACCGGGAUCCCAGCUGCUUUCUCUUAUGGUGUUACUGCUGCCUUUUCUGAUGAAUUUCAGCUGCCUCUGCUCUCACCCUUUGCAGCUGCUUUUCAGGCGUCUGUUCACCUGAUUACAGCUAGAAUUUCAGCUGCUGUUCAACUGGAUUAA